AUGAUAGUGGGAUACCAAGUUGGUGGCUACUUGAUGGAGCUGAAGAGAGCUUUAUCUAUGUAUGUUCCAUCGGAUGCUCCAGAAGCAAACACGGUGAUCUUGAAAAGAAAGGACGCCGGUAAUUUAGCUACAUGGGAUGAAUUGAAUACUUAUGACAAGAUUUUGUUGCGCUUUUCUUGCUUUGAUAGGAAGGCUUUUAGAAAUGCUUUACGGUCAGUAAAAGUCGGUGGUUCUGUAGUUUAUUCGACUUGCACAUUGUCAUCAAUUCAAAAUGAAGCUGUGGUAGAAAAUGGGGUCGCCAUAGCGGAGCAGAAAUUUGGAGUUCGAGUUGUUGAAGAGUCACUUUCGCAGCUAGUUACGCAUCUGGCAUCAUCUGGGCUGUAUCGUUUCUCUGAUCAGUGCCGUACGGGUGCGUUGGUGCUGCCGUUCCUUCCAUCCAAUUUUGGCCCUAUGUAUGUGUGUAAGUUGACGAGGAUAGCUUAG